GCUGCGGGGCCUGCGGUGCCCAAGACCUGUGCGCCCGGGCCGCAUGCAGGGAGCCGCGGGGCUGCAGCUCCAGGUAAAGGGCUGCUAGAGAGACAGAGCCUUGCUCUUAGGGUUUCUAGUCACAGGAGCCCAGGGACAAAACUCACAGCUCCCGGACCUGUCAACUCUCUUGUAAUGGAGUUUCCAAGGAAACGCAGAGGAAGUGAUUCCGAGCCACUCCAGUCAGAAUUCAUGACAGACACAACGGUGGAAAGUCUUCCCCAGAAUCCCUUUGCCUCUCUUCUUUCAACAAGAACAGGAGUAGCGGCGCCCAGUGGCAUCAGGGAAGCUCACAGCCAUAUGGAAAAGCGUCGGAGAGACAAGAUGAACCAUCUGAUUCAGAAACUGUCAUCUAUGAUCCCUCCACACAUCGCCAAGGCCCACAAACUGGACAAGCUCAGUGUCUUGAGGAGGGCAGUGCAGUACUUGAGGUCUCUGAGAGGCACGACAGAGCUUUACUUAGGAGAAAACUCCAAACCUUCAUUUAUUCAGGAUAAGGAACUCAGCCACUUAAUCCUCAAGGCAGCAGAAGGCUUCCUGUUUGUGGUUGGAUGCGAAAGAGGGAGAAUUUUUUACGUUUCUAAGUCUGUCUCCAAAACACUGCAUUAUGAUCAGGCUAGCUUGAUGGGACAGAAUUUGUUUGACUUCUUACACCCAAAAGAUGUCGCCAAAGUGAAGGAACAGCUUUCUUGUGAUGGUUCACCAAGAGAAAAACCUAUAGGCACCAAAACCUCUCAGGUUUACAGUCACCCCCACACUGGGCGACCAUGCGUGCAUUCUGGCUCCAGACGAUCUUUCUUCUUUAGAAUGAAGAGCUGUUCCAUCCCUGUCAAAGAAGAGCACCCAUGCUCGUCCUGCUCAAAGAAGAAAGACCGUAGAAAAUUCCACACUGUCCAUUGCACUGGAUACUUGAGAAGCUGGCCUCUGAAUGUUGUUGGCAUGGAGAAAGAGACGGGCGGUGGGAAGGACAGCGGUCCUCUUACCUGCCUUGUGGCUAUGGGACGGUUGCAUCCAUACAUUGUCCCUCAGAAGAGUGGCAAGAUCAACGUGAGACCGGCUGAGUUCAUAACUCGCUUCGCAAUGAACGGGAAAUUCGUCUAUGUUGACCAAAGAGCAACGGCAAUUUUAGGAUACCUGCCUCAGGAACUUUUGGGAACUUCAUGUUAUGAAUAUUUUCAUCAGGAUGACCACAGUAGUUUGACUGACAAGCACAAAGCAGUUCUGCAGAGUAAGGAGAAAAUACUUACAGACUCGUACAAAUUCAGAGUGAAGGAUGGUGCCUUCGUGACUCUGAAGAGCGAGUGGUUCAGCUUCACAAACCCUUGGACCAAAGAGCUGGAGUACAUUGUGUCUGUCAACAAAUUGGUUUUGGGGCGCAGUGAGACCAGACUAUCUUUGCUUCAGUGCGGCAGCAGCCAGUCCUCGGAAGACUCAUUUAGACAAUCCUGCAUCAAUGUGCCCGGCGUAUCCACGGGGACCGUCCUUGGUGCUGGGAGUAUUGGAACAGAUAUUGCAAAUGAGGUUCUGAGUUUACAGAGAUUACACUCUUCAUCCCCGGAAGAUGCAAACCCUUCAGAAGAAGUGAGCGAUGACCACAGUGUAAACGGUGGGAGCGCCUAUGGGCCUGCAUCCACUAGGGAGCUUUUUGCAGUGAGUCCUUCUGAAACAGAGGUCCUGGAGGCUGCCAGGCAACAACAGAGCACUGAACCCGCCCACCCUCACAGACCACUUCCCGGUGACAGUGCCCAGCUGGGUUUUGAUGUCCUGUGUGACAGUGACAGCACAGACAUGGCUGCAUUCAUGAAUUACCUCGAAGCAGAGGGGGGCCUGGGUGACCCUGGGGACUUCAGUGACAUCCAGUGGGCACUCUAGCAUUUUGACUUUGUACUCUAACAUGAGAAUCAUUUCAGAGUGUUUCAUUGACAAAACACUCUACUCUGGAGCACUGUAUUGGGACAUUUUAUCUCUUAUUACUAGUCUACUGACUUUUAUAUAUCUGCCCUUUAUUCUCACUGGCAUGUGCAGAGUCACACAUUCUCCUCCAAAGAGAAACAGCCAAGUUUAUUAAUCCCUCUUUACACAGUGAGAAGGCAGCUUUGGGGUCAGGCUGCCAUAUUUUUGCUAAAAUAUUCUGACCAAAAACUGCUACGAACCAUAUUGUUGGGACUCUUUCUU